GACGAGAGCGCGCGAACAGGAGUAGUGUGCGGUUCAAGUUCGGUUGUAAGAGAACGCCAGAGGAAUAUCAGCAGUUCUGAGUUACAGCACCAGACUCCCAGCAACUUUGGCACGUGUGCAGAUCGACUGUGAACGUCAUACAUAUGCAGAACUGGAGUGUCGUAAAGAUAUGAACAUAUUGGGCUCUAGUGGUGAGGAAGGAGUCUGUGUAGACAUGACUAUGAUCUGUUUGAAUGAUUUUGAGGAAUAUGCCAAGCAGCACCUCUCAAAGGCUACAUGGGACUAUUAUGAGGCUGGAGCUGAUGACUGUUGCACCAGAGAUGACAACUUGCUGGCCUAUAAACGGAUCCGCUUGAGGCCGCGGAUUUUACGUGAUGUGUCGAUCAAUGACACUCGGACCUCUGUGCUGGGAAUGGAGAUAAGCUUCCCUGUGGGAAUUGCUCCCACGGCUUUCCACUGCCUUGCGUGGCAUGAGGGAGAACUGGCCACUGCUAGAGCCACUGAGGCAGUGAACACCUGUUACAUAGCCAGCACAUACUCCACAUGUUCAGUGGAGGAGAUUGCUGCAGCAGCGCCCAACGGCUACCGCUGGUUCCAGCUGUACUUGUACCGGCACCGUAAGCUCUCGGAGCAGAUUGUGCGCAGGGUGGAAGCACUUGGCUACAAAGCUCUGGUGCUUACAGUGGAUGUGCCCUACACUGGCAAACGCCGCAAUGACAUAUGCAACCAGUUUAAGCUCCCACCUCACCUGAAGGUCAAGAACUUUGAGGGAAUGUUCCAGGAGCAGGCUGGCUCCCUGGAGGAAUACGGGAUCCCUGCUAACACACUGGACCCGUCGAUCAGCUGGAAGGAUGUGUGCUGGCUCCAGUCUCUAUCACGGCUGCCUAUAAUCAUCAAGGGCAUCCUUACUAAAGAGGAUGCAGAGCUGGCCGUAGAGCAUGGCGUCCAAGGGAUAAUUGUGUCUAAUCACGGGGGCCGGCAACUGGAUGGAGGGCCCGCAACGAUAGAUUGUCUGCCUGAGAUAGUGGAUGCAGUGCAGGGCCGGGUCGAGGUCUACAUGGACGGAGGGAUCCGCACGGGCAAUGAUGUGCUGAAGGCCAUAGCCUUGGGAGCCAAAUGUGUGUUUAUUGGCAGACCAGCGAUCUGGGGCCUUGCUUACAAGGGGGAGGAAGGAGUCAGAGAGAUCUUACAGAUUCUACACGACGAGUUUCGUUUAUCCAUGGCGCUGUCAGGUUGCCGAAAUGUUGCUGAGAUCAACAGGAACCUCAUUCAGUUCUCCAGACUUUGAACAGCAAAGAGGACUUUAGUCAUUUCUACUUUACCACUGACAGCAAAGAUCCACUUUAUCCACUAUUAAUACUAAAUGUAUUCAAGAAACUACUGUUGCUUUAAGUCACAUUUAACAAAAAUGACAUAUUUACAUAUGUUCACAGUGUAUGGAUGUUUUUAAAAUAGUAUUUUUAUUUCAGUAAACAUUAUGCACGGCACUGCAUAAAUUCCACACUAUUUUGCCUAAGAGUGAAUUAUUUUAGUACCUGAUGAAUCUCCAAUCAGAAAUUGUCAAAUUUAUUUAUAUAGCGCUUUUUAAAAUACAAAUUGCUGCAAAGCAGCUUUAUUGUAGUAAAGAGAAAAACAGGAGCAAAAUUGUUUUUUCAGUAUUCAAAUGUUUUGGUUCUCAUAAUUAUGACUUCUAUUUCAACUAUAAAUCAUUUAUGCAGAAGAUAAUAAUCUAGUAAAUUACCUAUUUUGUGCUUUAGAUGCUCCACUGUAUGGCAGAAACUAAUUCACGGGACUGAGUAAAUCAGUAAUGCCCAAAAGGUAUCUUAUGUAAAUUAAAUAAUGUGCAGUUAUUUAUCAAUUUAUCAUAAGUACUGAAUGAACAUUAAAAUAUCCAGUGUGGCAAUACUAAACACUACGAGAUUCUCGGACGUAAUGAAGGAUGGUAUAUGUUAAGUCAGUAUUUAUCUGACAAUUAGUGCUAUACUUUUUCUGUUGACUUCCUACUUUUUUAAGAGGUUAACUCGAUUUUUCCCUCUAAAAAUAAACACAUGGUACAAAUGAAUGCAUUUAUCUCAUAUUCAAGUGCGCAUUGUUUUUUUCACUCUGUCUUUAACAUAAAGAUUGUUUGUUUUACAGGCACUACAGUAAAUAAACAGUAAACUGCUAAAGCAGCACAAAAAAAAUGCAGAUUUGCUAUCAGGCUUCCUCUUUUCACACCGGCUAUGGGUUCACCUCAUGUGUAUCAAACACAACAUCAGAGUGCAAAUGCAGCUGAGCGAAAAGCAAAGGCUUGAACUGAAGCCUAUUAAAAGUAACAUGUCAAAAGGAGGAAGAUAGAACGUUUUGAAACAACAUGUAAGGGUGUGUGUGUGCGAGAGAAAGAGAGAGAGAAGUGACACAGGAAGUCAAUGAGGUUGUG